AUGACGCAAACGUUUAGACAUGUAGAUAUCACAAUGAUAACUACAGCAAGACGUCGCUGGAGUCAGCAAAUUCAAAUGAGAACACAAAGUUCAACCGAAAAACCGUUGGAACAACAAGAUCGACAAAACAAGAAUCUCUGGUGGAAUGACAUUGUCAAAGUCGGCCCCAAGUUCGGAUAUCACGCAAACGCUGUUAAAACUUGGUUGAUAGUAAAGCAGAACAAAUUGGAAGAUGCCCGCUCUGCAUUUGCUGAUACGGCAGUACAAAUCACAACAUCAGGUAAACGACAUCUAGGUGCUGCUUUAGGGCACCCUUCGUUUGUUCGUGAAUACGUUGACAGUAAAGUCAAUGAGUGGGUUCGUCAAGUGGAAAAACUAUCAACCAUUGCUGUAACUCAUCCUCAUGUCGCAUACUCAGCUUUUACUCAAGGUUUGGCCCAUCGCUGGUCCUAUCUCUUGAGAACUGUUCCAUCUAUAUCUGAAAUGCUCAAGCCGUUAGAAGAAGUCAUCCACCAACGAUUUUUGCCUAGACUGACUGGUCAACCAGUGUGCGGUGCAGACAUGAGAGACCUCUUGUCAUUACCUUGCAAUCUCGGUGGGUUGAACAUUUCUGAUCCGUCGAAGACUGCUGAAUCACUAUUUGCAGCUUCCGAGCACAUCACUGCGCCUUUGGCUGCUCUUAUUGUCGAACAAGAGAACGCCAUCACAGUGUCUCCAUUGGAAACAAAAAGAAGAAAAUAUGAGAUCAAGGCCAAGACACAAGCUUUCCACAAUGAGACCUUGGAGAAGUUGCAAACAAAUGCAUCACCGCAAAUAAAAGGGAGCUUGGAAGUCCUAUCCGAAAAGGGAGUAUCGAGCUGGCUUACCGUGCAGCCUAUUGAAGAGCAUGGUUUCCAUCUUGCCAAGAACGAUUUUCGUGAUGCUCUGUGCUUAAGAUAUGGCUGGCCUUUAUCAGAUUUGCCCUCGAAAUGUGAAUGCGGCCUCAGUUUUAACGUCGACCAUGUCAUGAUAUGCCAGAAAGGCGGCUUUCCCACGCUAAGGCACAACGAGAUCCGGAACAUCACAGCUGAUCUUCUAAGGGAGGUUUCUACAGAUGUUACAAUCGAACCUGUACUUCGUCCCUUGGAUGGAGAACAGUUUGCGCAUCGCACUGCCAUCACAGAUGAUAACGCUAGGGUCGACAUUUCUGCUAGAGGAGUGUGGAGGCAUGGAGAACGGGCAUUUUUUGAUGUGAGGGUUUUCUACCCAAACGCUGCUUCCAACCGCAAACACUCUUCACUCAAAUCCGCCUAUGUGAGUCACGAGAAUGAGAAGAAACGCGCUUACGGUGAGAGAAUUCGGGAAGUUGAGCAUGGGUCUUUCACUCCAUUAGUGUUUACGUCAUACGGAAGCACAGGCCCAGAGGCAACAACCUUCUAUAAGCGAGUGGCAAGUCUGCAUGCAGCCAAGUCAGGAGAGCAGUACAGUAGAAUUAUGCAAUUAAUUCGCUGUAGAUUGAGUUUUGCCCUACUUCGCUCGAGUAUACUGUGUAUCCGUGGAACAAGAUCCUCUACGUAUAGACCUAUCAAAGUGGACCUGCUGGGACUCAUUGAAAGUGAGGCCCACCUAGAUGAGUAGGUGGUGACUAUAGCUUGUGAUAAUAGUUAAGCAUACAGUGUAAUGACGUAAAGUAGUAACUGACUUUUAAUUGUUUGUUUUGCUGCGUGCGUAUAUCUGUCACUUAUAGUGUUGUAUGUUAUUUAGUUUGUUGAAGUAGUAGUAGUAGUAGUAGUAGUAGUAGUAGUAGUAGUAGUAGUAGUAGCACCCGUCCAACCUCCCA